AGUACGAAAUGGUGCAACAAUGGUCGCUAAUGGCUAGCCAAAUACAAAAUGGUUGCCAGUUCGUGCGCGAAGGAAAAAAUUUGUUAGCUCUUUGUUUGGGAAAGAAAAAUUAGCAAAAAAUCCAUUAAAAAAUUUAUAAAAAUUAACUUAAAACAUUAACUAAGACAAGUGCCAAGUGUAUAAAUAGUUAUUCAUUAAAAAAACAUAUUAAAACAGCUACUAAAUCACCAAUUUAAAAGGCUACAAACGAAAUAUAAUUUCAUCAAGCUGAAAAAAGUCAUUAAAAAAGAAUGAGUGAGUGUGUAUGAGGCAAAAAAAAGGAAUGAAAAAAUAUUGUAUAUGCAAAAAAAUGAAGUGAAAAAAUUAGUGAUAAAAAUAUAUAUUUUUUUAAAUUGUACAAAAAGAAAAAUACAAAAUAAAAGAGAAAAUGGUCAAAGAAAGAUGAAUAUCAGUGGUGGUGCAAAAAAUGGAAAUAAAUUAAAUCUAAAAGAUUUAAUUUAGUUUUUAAGAGGUUAAACUUAAAACUACUUAAUACUUAGUUUUACUUCUAAAAAAUAUUAUUAAAAUGUUACUAUAAUGGAGAAAUAAAAUGGAAUUUAACACAACAUUAUCGUCAUCCUCAAGCUUAUGGUCGUUGUAAGACAUCAACAUGAAUAUUAUUGAUGUCAUCAAUAUUAUUUAAGUGACUAAAUACAACACACACUUUAUCUUUAAAUAAUCAACAAUUACAAACAAACACAAAACCAACAAAAAAAAAACAACAUUUAAAACAUCACUAAAGGAAUUGUGUGUGUCUGAAACAACCAAACCCAAUCUAUUCAAUCCAACUUAAUUACUGCAAGGAAGAGCAAAAAGAAAAUAAAAUAAACAAUUUUUUCCUUUCUCAACUUCUUAUGACACAAGAAUAACAACUAAAUCGUUGUAUUUAAGUUUAUGUUCUGCUAAAUAUACACAAGAAAACAACAAAUAAUCUACAUAAACAUAUUACAAGUUGGUUGUCUAUUGAAUAAACAUCAAUAUCACAACAACCUAUUAUAUUUCCUUCUACUUUUUGUAUGAAAAUAUUUCAUUGUUAAUUGAUUAUAAUUUCAUUACAACGGGGGCAAUAAAAAGGCUUAACACUGGACCGUAAAAGUGUUGUGGAAGGGUAAUGGCGGCCUCCACUCAAGGAGAAAUUCGAGUGGGUCCCGGCCACCAGGUAAACGAUGUCUAUGCAAAACUGCCCGAUUAUAAUCCAAUUUCAAGCUUCCCUGUUGACAAGGAAAACGACGAACGUGAAUUAGAAAUACCAAGAUGGAGUCCCGGUGCUAUGGCAGAUGGCGAUCUUUUGAUGUUCUUGCGUGCAGCUCGUUCAAUGGCUGCAUUUCAAGGUAAAUAUCCACCGGAAGAAAUACUAAAAAGAAUGUGUGAUGGUGGACUAGAAGAAGGUAUUGUGGCAGCAACACGUGACGACACAACUAUUAAUGCACAUGACGUUUUACAUGAUAACGGUUACGAUCCAGGUAAAGCACUUCAAGCACUUGUAAAAGCACCUCUAACGAAAAGUAUCGAAAAGAAGUGGUGCGAGGACGAAAUAAAGAAAUUCAUUAAAGGUCUUAGACAAUUUGGCAAAAACUUUUUUAGAAUCCAAAAGGAUCUAUUACCACACAAAGAGACACCCGAACUAGUUGAAUUCUACUAUUUGUGGAAGAAGACACCGAGCGCUAAUAGCAAUCGCCCGCAUCGUCGACGCCGCCAAAGUGCAUUGCGUCGCAAUCGUGUUACACGGGCAAGUAAUACACCUCCCAAAAAGGAGGAUACACCAGAACCACAAUCUGCUGCAUCAGCCGCAACAACGACGACGACGGCGUCGACGGCGAGUGCAGACAAAGGUCGCGCUUCGCCAGUUGUCAAUAAGGAAGAGACCAGUUCUCUGACUGAAGACGACGUAAGCGAGUGCGACAGCGAUUCAAGUUUAACCCAUAAAAGGGAUGAAUCACCGUCUAGAAUGAGGACGAGAAACAAACAACAAAACACAACCGGCGGCACAACGGCGAAGUGCGACCAGACACAGGUGACGCAGCCACAGCCGACGGCUAAUGGCAAGCGUCCCAAGCGUGGUGCCGAAACACCAGACAAUGUUGCCGCUGCGGGAACAGGCACGGCUACAGGUGAGAGUCCUAAAACGCCAACUAAGCCUGUGGCCGAGAGUGCGGCGAACAAACGUAAGACUGGCCGUCAAGAAACACCCAGUAAAAAGAAACGUAACGACACUGAAGGCUCUGUGGGCUCGGCGAUUAGUGCCACAGAUACUCCGGACGAGAGUGAUAAUAAUGGCGGUCCAACUGCAAUCACCGCUGGUUCUAAUAAAGAUAAACGCAAGCGUGCUGAAAGUCCGGUCGAAAGCACAAAUUCCGACAGUCGUUCAGAUUCUGCCAUGGAUGAUGGCGAGUCCAACAACACUGACUCUGGCGAACAGCAGUCUAAAGACAGCAAAGAAAGUUCGUCCAGCAAGGAGGAGAAUAGCAGUAGUGGUAAUAGCGAAAUUGAAUCAUCCACAAAAAGUGAUAAGAAUCUUAUACCGAAAACCGAAUCAAAAGUUUCCGAAAUCGACGUUAAAGAUAAAAUCAAAAAUGUCGAUGAGGAAACCAAUAUACAGGCACCAACUAUGGUUACUGAGACAAGUCUUAAAGACAAGGAACCCAAAGAAGAUCCCUUAGCUAUUACUAUCACAAAACCACAACCACAACCGCCGGUUGUAGUAAACCCAAUACUUCCUCCACUGAAGGUGCCAACGGUGGAGGCACUUAACGCCUCGGUGGAUCGCAAAGAAAUGGGUAAAUCGGAAAUGAUGGACACCGGUGACAUGCCAAAAGAUAUGCUGAAAAAGCUGGCCAAUAUGAAGCAGGAAAUUUCCACACCUCCGCAAUUACCGCCUCAACCAACACUACCACCCCCGCAGCAGCAGCAGCCACAAAGCAUUAUGCCCGAGGUUGUAUACUUUAAGAAAGAACCCAAGGAUAUUGAUUCCGCCUGUAAUCAAAAUAGUAACGAACCUCAAGAUCUCAAAGUUAAAAUUGAGGUUAAGAGCGAAGACAUCAAGCCACCGAUUAUGGGUUUGCCGCCGGCGAUACCGCCACCUGGCAGUCAGGCACCGAUGUCUUUAACUACGAAGCGAGAUGGCCAAGAGCCCCCAUCUCCGCUGCCAUUAAACCAACAUCAGCAACCGCCACCCCAUAUGCAACAUCCUCAUGUUCCAGGGCCUCCACCAGGUUACAUAGUCGAGGGUGGCCAACUCAAAUUUGCUCCACCUUCGCAACAGCAGCAGCAACAGCCACAGCAGGGUCCGCCCACCAAUAUGCCUAACGACAGCGCAAUGCCUCCCUGCAGUGGUCCUCCAACAGGACCACCUCCUCCUCAACAACCGAAAUAUGCCAAUGAAAUGGAUCAUAAGUUCCCCGAUGGCAUUAAAUACGAACCUGGCAAAUUCGUUCCCCAAGAUCUUAAGUAUAUACCUGGGCAAUUGGAUACUCUUAAAUACAGCCAGGAAAUGCAAGCGGCAGCAGCUGCAGCGGCGGCCGCUGGCAAAUUUGAUAUGAAAUUUAUGAUAGAACAACAGGGCGGCAAGUUUCCCGGCGAUUUGUCGGCACAUGGACAACCGCCUACGGGUAAACCACCGUAUGGCAGUGUAAGCGAUAUGGCCAUGAAACUGCCAGAUCUAAAGAGUGGUUAUCCCCCUUCAGGCCUGGGACCACCUCCAGUGAGCAGUUCUUCUGCAUCGAGUGAUAAUGCACCACCUCCCCACAAAUACAUGAGUGGUCAUUUAGACCAACAAUCACCACAAUCGCAUGGACAACCUCCAGGAGCCACACCUCCGCCAGGCAUUGCCAUGCCCAAGCCACAUUAUGAGCACCAAGUGCAGCAUCCCUUGGCCAGACCACCUUUUGAGUCUGCAGCUGGUCUAAUGAUGAAGUAUGGCGACCCAAUGGUGGGUAAAUAUGGACCUCAGGACAUGAAGUAUCCACCACCUCAAGGAGGACCACCCACUGAUAUGAGCACGGGUGGCAUGAAACCUUCUCCCUACGGGGAAAAUCUCAUUAAACCUUCUCCUUAUGGUGGCGGCCCACUUGAAUCGGGACUAAAAUAUCCACCUCCAGAAAGCCCUAUCGACGCUUCGUCAAGAUCGACGCCCGGCCAAGAUAGUCAGAGUAGUAACAGCAGUUCACAGCCAUCUUCUCAAAUGCAAUUCCAGUCCCCACAUCCGUCACCUCAUAUGCCGUCGCCCGCUGGUGGAGGUCUUCCUCCCGGAAUGCAUCCACAAAAUUUGGUGUCUCCACAUGGUGGUCCAUUGCAACCACCACCACAAUCGCACCAGGGUCAAAUGCCCGGUAUGCCACCUGGUUCGACAGGCGGUGGCCCACCACCACAACAGGGUACACUUCAUCAUCCUACCCCAACAGCGGUCACAUCUGGUGGUGGAUUGCAUCAUCCUGGGCAAUCUGCUGCUAAUUCUAUGCCACCGUCUUCGGGACCAGGUGGUCCACCGCAUAGUAUAACUUCGAUGGCACCAUCAGCUGGCAUGCAUCCACAACAUAUGCCUCCCAGCCAUUUGCCUCAACUGCAUAGACCACAUGCGGAAUUACCACCAGGGGCUGGAAGCAUGCAUCCUCUUGCUCCCAUACCAUUGUCUCUACAAAAUCAUGAUCCAAGAAGUGGGCCAAUGCCACACAUGCAGGGUCACGGUUUGUCGAUACAUGGACAACCGCCCCAGCAAUCAUCGGCAUCGAAUGUACGAACUCCUUCACCUGCUCAGCCACCGCAACGAGGAGGACUACACGACGAGAGACCUGGUCAGGGAGGACCGCCGUCCUCGCAAUUACGAGACCCUGCUACUUCACAGUCCUCUUCAUCGGGGCCGCCUCAGCAAUCUCCACAUACACACCGUACAUCUCCAUUGCCUGGUUUAUCAAGCAACGCACCGCCAGGACUUAUUGGGCACCCCCUGCCCAUUCAUCCACAUCUGGCCCAUUUACCACCCGGUCAUCCGGCUCAUGCUGGUCAUCACAUGCUUCCACACUCUCUUGCUGGCCUGGGACCUGGUACCGGUGCCUUGGCGUUGUUGGCUGGACCACCAUCACUUAGUAGUAUGCCUGAGUCGGGCCUAAGUAGAAGAAGUCCACAGCCUUCACAUUUGCAAUCAUCCGGACACCCUGCGGUCUCUUCAGCAAGUGGUCCGUUGCCCUCGAAUCAUCCCUCGAAUCCAUCAGUGUCGUCAUCUAGUUCAUUGUCGUCCACCAACACGGUUCCAUCGUCGGCAUUUAGUCGAGCCAGUCCUAGCGUUCAAAACAACUCGGGUCCUGGAGGUCCAGGCAGUGGACUGAAUGGUCCUCCUGGCAGCAAUAAUGUGGGCACCCCAAGCGGCUUGAAUACAUCUGCGGGUGCUGGACAUCGUUCUUCUUCACCGGCUUCUAGUGUUAGUAGUCUCAGUCGGCAGAGUCCCUUACAUCCCGUGCCACAAUCGCCGCUUAGCCAUCAUCCAUCAUCGUCUGCACUGUCGGCGGCGGCAGCUGCGGUGGCUGAACGUGAUCGACAUGCUUUGUUACGUCAGCAAUCACCACACAUGACUCCACCGCCAGUUUCGAGUGCUUCCGCGUUGAUGGCGAGUCCCUUGAGCAAGAUGUAUGGUCCUCAGUCUGGCCAACGAGGUUUAGGAGCAUCACCGCCACCUCAUUUGCGGCCUGGCGCAUCACCACCGGUCAUACGUCACCCGCAAAUGCCACUGCCAUUGCCUCUAAUACCUGCUGGAGCUGGAAUGCCACCAAUGGGAGUACAUCCUGGUCAAUCACCUUAUCCUCACCCGCUUUUACAUCCAUCAAUGUUUUACUCGCCUCAUCACCAUAAUCCAUUUAACUCGCCAUAUGGAUAUGGGCCAUAUGGACCAGGUUUCCCAGCAUACAUGAAGCCACCCGGAGGUCCCGGUGGUCCUUUAGAUCCAGCUGCGGUAAUGGCGGCUGCUCAUCAUCAAGGCUUGUCGGGACCACCGCCAACUAGGCCAGAUGAUCCCGGAUUACUCGCUGCGCAGGAAAAGCAUAAACAGCAACAACAGCAGCAGCAACAACAACAGCAGCAGCACCAACAGCAAAUGCAGCAGCAACAUCAACAACAACAGCAACAACACCAACAACAAAUGCAGCAGCAACAUCAACAAAUGCAGCAGCAGCAUCAACAACAUCAACAGCAACAACAACAGCAGCAACAACAACAGCAGCAGCAACAGCAACAACAACAACAGCAGCAGCAACAGCAGCAGCAACAACAACAGCAGCAACAGCAGCAGCAACAACAGCAACAACAAAACAAACCGCCAACACCAAAGACACCACAGGGCAAUAAUAGCAAUAUCAAUAGCGGAGGACCGAAUGGACCAUCGGGCAGUCAACAAUCUACGCCGACCGGUCUGCCACCUGCUGGUUAUCCGGGUUCGCAUAUACCAGGUUAUCCGCCACCACCACAUUCAUCGCCAUUUCAAGAAAUCGGCAAACCGCACAUACUCCAGCCCACAUCUCAUAUGGAUGCUUUACGAGCUCAUGCUCAUUCGGCUAGUUCUGGUCUGGGAGGACCACCACCGCCACACCAUCAUCCCACAGAACCAUUGCCAAUUGAAAUUGAGCCCGAUCCAGAGCCGGAAAUACCUAGUCCAACGCACAAUAUACCACGUGGUCCUAGUCCCGAAGCCAAACCCGAUGACACCGAAUGUCAUCGUUCACAAUCGGCUAUAUUCGUUCGCCAUAUCGAUCGCGGUGAUUACAACUCAUGCACAAGAACUGAUUUAAUAUUUAAACCAGUGGCCGACUCUAAAUUGGCACGUAAACGUGAGGAACGUGAUCGUAAAUUAGCCGAAAAAGAACGAGAACGAAGACAGCAACAACAAAUGCAACAGCAGCAGCAACAACAACAGGCGGUUGCUGCUCAACAGGCAGCACAACAAGCUAAACUUAAAGCGGAACUGAAACCACCCUACACGGAUACACCAGCCUUGCGACAACUUUCCGAAUAUGCUCGGCCACAUGUUGGUUUUAGCCCUGUUGAACAGAUGGUACCCUAUCAUCAUCCAAUGGGGCCCAUGUAUAGUAGAGAAAGAGAAUUGGAGGAAAUCAAAAACGCACAAGCUGCAGCAGCUGGUCAAUCACGUUUAGAUCCCCAUUGGAUGGAAUACUAUAGGCGUGGUUUACAUCCUUCACAAUUUCCCAUGUAUGCUAAUCCAGCGGCCAUAUCACAAAUGGAAAGAGAACGUUUGGGCAUACCACCACCUCAUCAUGUCGGCUUAGAUCCCAAUGAACAUAUGAUACGAUUGACGAGAGAAUAUCAUGCACAUGCGCAUUCUCAUACUCAUUUACAUUUGCCUUUGCCCCCACAGCAGCAACCACCGGAGGCCGGAUUUCAACUACCACCGAAUGUUGGUCAAUUUCCACGUCCAAAUAUGCUUAUGCCUAGAGAGCCGCACUCAGAUGUUUUGCUGCGUAUGUCUUAUGCUGAUCAACUUCAGUAUUUACAGGCCGCUGAAUUCCAGCGUCAGUCAUUGCAUGAUCAAUAUUUCCGACAAAGGCCCCGGUAAAUGGACCCAUAAACGAAUCUAUUAUUUUGUUGCUAUCAUCCAUCAUAUACACCAACUUUUUGUAUUGAUCAUCAUUGACUUAAUCAUCGCUUUCGUUUGUUUAUAUUGUUUACAUCGUUUGUUUGUUAAUAAUCUUUGUUUUUUUUUAAAUCAAAUAAUUCGUUAUUUAUUGUUAUAAAAUGUGUAAAAAGCUGAACAAAAUUGUGAAGAUUGACUUUUGUUUCAUAACAAACAUAAACAUUAACAAUCGACAAGCACCCACCACAGCAAAACAAUACUACCACCACAUCAUCAUCAUCACCCACUACUUGCUUCAUCAUCCAUCAUCAUGCUCAUUUCCAAUCAUCCACAAAUUAAAGUGACAAAACAAAUUGUUUUAAAACAAUAUAAAAAAGUAGUCAAAGAAAUUUGAUCAUCAUUCUCAUCAAGCAGAAGUAUUUAUCAGUAUUUACAAUUAAAUCGCACAACAAUUUCUCUUACAAAAAAAUCAAUUGCGCUGAACAACUAUAUACUAAACAAUAUGAUGUUCUAUGGUGGCUACAUGCACUAUGGCGGUUAUCCCCAUCAACAACAUCGUGGUGACUUGAAUUGAAUUGAAAAAUAUUGAAAGGAACAAAAACCAAACAGAUUAAUUAAUUUAUGUUUGCAAAAUUUCAAAUAUUUUUUAUUUAAUAGUUUUUAUUUUCUUUGUUUAUUAUAAAUAUUGAAAAUUAUUACAUAUUUUGUUUCUUAAAAUGAAGUAAUUUUUAGCAUAAAAUGUAAUAUACUCUCUCUUCCCCCUCCCCUCUUCCCCUCUCUCACACUCUCUUUAUAUAUGUACAUAUAUAAGUAUAUACAAGAAGAAAACAUACAUACAAUUACACCCUACAUCCUACAUAUAAACACACAAACUAAUACACUCUCAUAUAUAUAGAAAUACAUAUAUACUAUUAUAUUAACUAUAUAUAUAAUAAUAAUAAUAAUAUUAAUUAGACAUACGCAUAUGUAUUUUUUUAAAUUAUAAAACAAAAACUAAAUGAUACAAAAAAAAAAAUGGGAAAAGUUUUAUGAAAAAAUUUAAAAAAAAAUAAUAUAUAAUGAAUAGAAAACAAACCUUGUAAUAAGAAUAAAAAGAAAACAAUAUAUUACUUGGCUGGCACUUGUCUUAUUCGCAAAAAACCCAAACACACAGUUACAAACAACAAGAAUUUAAACUUUUUAAAAACAGAUAAAGAGCUACUAAGAUUUAGUAAAAGUUUUCAAGAAUAAUGACGUUUUUAGUAUAGAAAAAAAACAACAAAUACUUAAAUUAAUAAAUAAAUAUUAAACAAACAAAAAAAAAUCAUAAAAAAUACAAAAAAAAUUAACAACAAACAAUUUUAGUUAUAAGAUUUAUAUACAUACAACUUAAUAAUUAUAAAAAAAAUAAUAAUGAAAAAACAAUUAAUAAGUAUAUAUUUUUUUUUAAUUUGUUAAUGUGAAAAACCCGCAACCAACCCCCUUAAACACACACUCACUUUUAAAAACAUGAUGUAAAAAGUUUAAUUUAAUUUAGGAUUUUUAUUGUUUCUUUUUUUGUUUUUAUAGGUUUUUUUUUCUUUGUAGUAUUAUUUUUUUUAUAAUUAAUUACAUAAAUACUUAGUUAAUAAUUUAAAAAAAAACACACAGAUGACAGAAUUAACAAACAAUUAAAUAAAUAAAUUUUUUUUAAUUACUAUGUGUAAUUUUAGCUUGGACAAACAAAAAAAUAAAUAAAUAUGGUACAAAACAAAAAAGAACUAAAUUAAACAUAAUUUAAACCAUAUUAUUUCGAUAUUAUUUUUUUAUAGUUUUUUUUUUGACAGAAUUUAACAGAGAUUUAAAAAUUUCAAACAAAGAAAAUAGAGUACUAAAGCGGCAAAUAUAUGUUUAUUUAAGUAACAGAAAUUUACUUUUAUUCUAUAAAAAAACAAUUAAUAAAUAAAUAAAUAUUUAUAUAUGUAUAUUUACAACAUAAAAAAACAACAAAAGAAUAACAAACAAAUUUUAGUUUUUAUAGUAUGUAUAUUAAAUGAAAUAAAUAAAUCUUGUGAAACAAAAAAAGAAAAAAAAAACAAAA